GGAGCCGAGCGGCGGCGGCGGCGGCGGCGGGGGCGGUAAUGGCGGAGCUGGUGCAGGGGCAGAGCGCUCCGGUGGGGAUGAAAGCCGAGGGCUUCGUGGACGCCCUGCACCGGGUCCGGCAGUGGUUGAACUCAUAUUCUUGGACAACCUGCUCAAGAGGGAGGGAGACCCUCUGUUAAAUGCUGACCUAAUGUGGAUUGUUGAAGCAGUGGUGUUUACUACUAGCAAAGAAAACUUCAUUGGAAAUGUUCCCAGCUCUGAAAUGCACCAUUGACUGGAGCAGUAAUAAGCCCAAUGGAGACAGUGCUAUUGCUGCUAAAAUUGAUUCAGUUCCUCACUUGAAUAAUUCCACACCUCUAGUGGACCCCUCUGUGUAUGGAUACGGUGUACAGAAACGGCCCUUGGAUGAUGGAGUAGGUAACCAGUUAGGGGCCUUGGUACAUCAAAGGGCAGUAAUAACAGAAGAAUUCAAAGUGCCUGAUAAAAUGGUUGGAUUUAUUAUCGGCAGGGGAGGUGAGCAGAUUUCACGGAUUCAAGCAGAAUCUGGUUGCAAAAUUCAGAUUGCUUCAGAGAGUUCUGGGAUUCCAGAGAGGCCCUGUGUACUUACCGGAACCCCAGAAAGUAUUGAACAAGCCAAACGGCUCCUGGGGCAGAUUGUGGACCGCUGUCGGAAUGGACCUGGCUUUCACAACGACAUAGACGGCAAUAGCACAAUCCAGGAAAUUCUUAUCCCUGCGUCUAAAGUGGGUUUGGUCAUCGGCAAAGGAGGGGAGACGAUCAAGCAGCUGCAGGAGCGGACAGGUGUGAAAAUGGUCAUGAUCCAGGAUGGCCCAUUGCCUACGGGAGCAGACAAGCCUCUCCGCAUCACUGGAGACCCGUUCAAAGUACAGCAAGCGAGAGAAAUGGUAUUAGAGAUCAUUCGAGAGAAAGAUCAAGCUGACUUCCGAGGUGUCCGAGGUGACUUCAGUGCCCGCGUGGGAGGAGGCAGCAUAGAGGUGUCUGUGCCAAGGUUUGCUGUUGGGAUUGUAAUAGGAAGAAAUGGGGAAAUGAUCAAAAAGAUUCAGAAUGAUGCCGGGGUGAGGAUUCAGUUCAAGCCAGAUGAUGGUAUUAGUCCAGAGAGAGCUGCACAAGUCAUGGGACCCCCAGAUCGGUGUCAGCAUGCAGCACAUGUCAUCAACGAGCUUAUUCUUACAGCCCAGGAAAGAGAUGGGUUCGGAGGCCUCACGGUGGCCAGAGGACGAGGACGUGGCCGUGGUGACUGGAGUGUGGGAGCCCCUGGUGGCGUCCAGGAGAUAACCUACACGGUGCCAGCAGAUAAGUGUGGCCUCGUCAUAGGCAAAGGGGGUGACAACAUCAAAAGCAUAAAUCAGCAGUCAGGAGCGCACGUGGAGCUCCAGCGGAACCCCCCUCCCAACACUGACCCCAACCUGCGAAUAUUCACCAUCAGGGGCAUUCCUCAACAGAUCGAGGUGGCCAGACAUCUCAUAGAUGAGAAAGUUGGCGGGACCAGUCUCGGAGCACCCGGAGCCUUUGGACAGAGCCCCUUCAGCCAGCCACCUGCUGCACCUCAUCAAAACACAUUUCCCCCAAGGAGCUCAGGCUGCUUCCCGAGCAUUGCUGCUAAAGUGAAUGGAAACCCCCACAGCACCCCUGUGAGUGGUCCUCCGGCCUUUCUGACCCAGGGAUGGGGCAGCACCUACCAGGCGUGGCAGCAGCCCACACAGCAGGUCCCAAGCCAGCAGAGCCAGCCGCCGAGCAGCCAGCCUGACUACAGCAAGGCCUGGGAAGACUAUUACAAAAAACAGAGUCACGCCGCCAGCGCUGCUCCUCAGGCCAGCUCCCCGCCGGACUACACAAUGGCCUGGGCGGAAUAUUACAGACAGCAGGUGGCCUUCUACGGGCAGACGUUAGGGCAAGCUCAGGCCCACAGCCAGGAGCAGUAGGACAGCCACCUGCGGCUCUUUUCUCCCCGAAAUCAUUGUGAGCAAAAACGUAUUUGUAACAGAGGUUUUUAGAUUUGCAAACCUUUUGAUGAAGAACCUUUGUUUUCUGUGAAACACUAUAUUUAGAUUAACAGGAUUUUUCUAAAAAUCGGGAAAAUUAGUUACUAAAAAUUGCUGGUAAUUUCUGUUUCAUUAUUUUUGUUUGUUAUUUCAAAUGUGUAAGCUCUGGGAUUCUUUUUGGAGCAAGACCUGCAGAUUCAGGCACCAGAAUGUGCCUCAGAGCAGUGACAUUUCAACACGGUGUGUUUGUUUUGUUUUGUUCCGUUUUGUUGCGUGUCUUUUUAUUUACAGUUUUUUUCUGUUGCAACAGAAAGUGGCUUGGAAGUCUUAGGUGGUAUGUAACAAAUUCUUUAAAAAAAUUUUUAAACAGUAUUUAAAUAUUCUUAAAUGUGUAAAUUCAUUAAAUGUUUUACUUCUAAUUUCUUGUUAUCUUGGCUGUCUGGUUUUAUUGCAUUUUUUAAAAAACUGAACUAUUAUGUAUUGUAAUUAAUUAUGUGAAUUCUGAAUUGAGACAGAUAAUUGUAUUGCUGUCCAACAGGGAUUGGGAGGGGGCAUUUUAUAGGGUUUGUAUAAUUUCUAGAGUGCUAAAGGGUAAUAUAAAAAUGUGUCCGUGUGUUUAGCAAACGUUUUUUUCCGUGUCUCUAUUACCAGUGGCAGUUGUGUAUCUAAGACCUCCAAGCUUGUUUUAAAAACAAAACAAAAAACCUUUCUUCUCUCAGAAAUAUAAAUACUGUUAUUUUUAAUAUUAAAAAGAAAUUCGAUAUAACUUUUAACAAACACUGUGGAACGUUAAACCGCGUGAAAAUGUAGUAACUGUUGUUUAAUUCCGAGAUGUUUCUUCCUUUUUUUCUUUUAAAUAUUUUCUUAAUAUUUGUCAAAUUAACUAGAUGGAUAAAUAAAUCUAGUAUUAACCACCAUAUGAAUUAAAUAAUUUUGAUUUAAUAAAAGGGAUAAUAUGAUUUUCAGUGUUUACUGUAGUGCAACUUGUACAGAUAACAUGUAUUUUUAAAGGAAAGAAAAACGGAAUCGAAGCUAUUUUUCUCGCAUUUUUAAUUGACCCGAGGGACAUUCCGUUUGAAAUGUACCGAAGUUACAGUUUCUGGAUUUUUCUCCUUAUUUUCCUUAUAAUGCUUGAAAUGUCUAACUAUUAAAAAAAGGCAAUUGGAAAAUGUUA